AUGUCAGUUGAACUUAUACCAGGUGAAUUCUCGAAAUUCACAAUCGCAAUCGCUGUCCUGAGCGGCUUCAUUGUCAUUUUUGGCUUUGUAUCUAUGUUCGUUAAAGAGCGGCUCUUUAUAUCAGAAGCAUUUGUUGCUUUGGUCGUGGGCAUAAUUGCAGGGCCGCUAGUUGCAAACGGAUUUAAUCCAUAUGAUUGGAACGACACCGAUGAAAUCACCAAAGAGAUAACUCGUUGUGUCAUCGCUAUUCAGGUGAUGGCCGUUGGGAUCGAUUUACCAAAGCAUUACCUGCGGAAGGAGUGGUUGACGUACUUUAUGCUGAUGAUACCAAUCAUGAUCUUCAUGUGGUUGGUUAGCGGUCUAUUUAUUUGGGCGCUGAUACCAACAUUGGAUUAUCUUAACGCUCUCGUAAUUGCUGCAUGCGUAUGUCCUACAGAUCCAAUUUUAGCAAACUCUGUUGUGAAGGGACGUUUUGCAGAAAAGCACGUUCCUGCACAUAUCCGCAAUGCACUCUCUGCAGAAAGUGGCGGUAAUGAUGGAAUGGGAUUUCCCUUUCUAUUCUUGGCUAUAUUUCUCAUUGGCGAACCUGGCACGGGCAAGGCUAUUGGAAAAUGGAUCUAUGAAACAUGUCUAUUUCAGAUCGUGCUAUCAAUCAUUAUUGGUGUUGUUGUCGGCUACGUUGCUCGCAAGAUCCUACAAUGGUCUGAACGCAAUCAUUUGAUUGACAAGCCAUCAUUCCUUUGCUUUGCUAUCGCACUUGCACUCUUCUUAAUGAGUAUGACCGGUUUCUCAGGAAGCGAUGACGUUCUUGCUUGUUUUGCUGCUGGCAAUGCAUUUUCAUGGGAUGAUUGGUUUCGUCAAGAAACAGAGGAGGCUCAUUUUCAAGAUGUGAUCGACAUGAUGCUGAACUUGGCAGUAUUUGUUUACAUUGGGGCAAUCAUUCCAUGGUCUGAUUUUGGAAACCAGGAGUUAGGCCUCACUCCUUGGCGAUUGGUUGUUAUUGCUAUCCUGAUCUUGCUUUUCCGCCGCCUUCCUAUCGUUGUCGCCCUUAAACCUUUCAUGCCAGCCAUCAAAACAUAUCGUGAGGCAGUUUUCAGUGGAUGGUUUGGUCCCAUGGGUGUUGGCGCAGUCUUUCUCUCGAUGAUUGCCAAAGAACAAAUGGAAGCUAUUUAUGAAGAAGAGGUCGAAAAACCGGUCAUUAUCGAGCUGAUCAGCCCUGUGGUACUAUUUAUUGUGCUUGCAUCAACCUUGGUCCAUGGUACAACGAUCCCACUAUUUCAACUCGGCAAGCGAAUCAGAACACGGACCCUAUCAAUUACUAGCACUGGCAGCAACAAUGUCGUUCGCCUACCUAAAUUGCAGUUCGGUCAACCACUUAAUUUUAGACGCAGUCAGGCAGAGAAUGGUGAUCUUGGGGAAAGUCCAAUCAUGAGUGAAACCCAGCGUAAUACGUUGAUCAACACUAUUGAGCGUAAAAAAGAAGAGGAAUCAGCAGCGUAUACCGGCGACACUAUGGAUCACAAAGGGUAUACGAUAGAUAUCGAUGAUACAGCAGAAGAAGAUUUUCUACCUGGUGACUCUGAUGACGAAAGAAUACCGGGUGAUCAUUAUGGUGCUUCACAAUCGACUGCUCCAAGCAAUACUGAAUUACAAGGUAUCCGCUUUUUGGAACCUGUAAACCCCCGAGGUGCCAUGCAAGCCAAUGCGAAUGUGGAAAAGAAUGAAGCUUCAGUUUCAAGCGUGCGAAGUUGGCUCCGUCGAAACAAAGAAGAAGCUGCGGAUGAAAAUAAUGCAGAUGCUACAUCUUAUUCCAGUCCUCUACGAAAUAUGUUCCGCCGUAGCAAGAGCCUUCAAUCUUCUGACCACCCAUCUAAUGAUGAUGAUUUACCUGUACAGCCUCAUUCCGAGAAAGAAGCUGAGCAAGUAGCCGACAUACCUGGCGUGACGGAAGAACAAGCACAGAAAGCUGAGGAGGCUUAUCAUCAUUCGAUUCAUCCACGAAUUGAAAUAUGGGAAGAAGAUAGCCAUAUCGUGAUCGAAGAUACGUCAGCUACUGAACCACCUGCAGUUCUAAGCAAAAGCGACCCUAAUUGGAAGGAAAAGACGAGAGAGAAGGUCAAGGAACUUGAAAAGGAUAUCGCUGAAUCAUCUGUUGAUCGUAGCAAUAGAUAA